CCUCUGCUCUACUCCCACCAUCCGGGGCGGAAUCACUCCGACUCACACCUGUGUCAGAUCUCGAGCUCGCCGUCGACUCCUCCCCCUCCUCACCGCCAUGGCGGCGCUACUGCUGCGUAGGCUCGCCGGGACCCACCGCGGCCGCGUGCCGCUGGCCGCCGCCGCCGCCGCCGUCGCCGGUGGAGCGGCGCUCUUCUGCGCCUCGUCUCCCCCGACCGUCGCGCUCCUGGAGGAGAAGGGCGAGGAGGCCGUUGCUAAAGUUGCACUUAACCCAGACAAGUGGCUGGAGUUCAAGCUCCAGGAGAAGGCAACAGUCAGCCAUAAUUCACAGUUAUUUAGAUUUUCGUUUGACCCAUCUAAUAAGCUGGGCCUUGAUGUUGCUUCAUGUCUUAUAACAAGGGCUCCUAUAGGAGAGGAAGUGGAGGGAGAGGGAAGAAGAAAAUAUGUCAUUCGCCCGUACACCCCUAUCUCUGAUCCAGAUUCUAAAGGAUACUUUGACCUAUUAAUCAAGGUUUACCCUGAUGGAAAAAUGAGUCAGUAUUUUGCAAGUUUGAAACCAGGAGAUGUUGUCGAGGUCAAAGGGCCCAUUGAAAAGCUCAGGUAUAGCCCAAACAUGAAGAAAAAAAUUGGCAUGAUUGCUGGUGGUACUGGCAUAACACCAAUGCUGCAGGUUGUCAGGGCUAUCCUAAAAAACCCUGAUGACAACACUCAGGUUUCCUUAAUAUAUGCCAAUGUGUCGCCAGAUGAUAUCCUGUUGAAAAGGGAAUUGGAUAGACUUGCCAGUAGCUAUCCUAAUUUCAAGGUAUUCUACACGGUGGAUAAACCAUCAAGUGACUGGAGGGGUGGUGUUGGUUACAUAUCAAAGGACAUGGCCUUGAAAGGUUUGCCUGGUCCACGGGAGGAUUCUUUGAUUCUUGUUUGUGGUCCUCCAGGUAUGAUGAAUCAUAUAUCUGGCGACAAAGCAAAGGAUAGAUCACAGGGCGAGCUCACCGGCAUUCUCAAGGAGUUGGGAUACACGGCAGAGAUGGUAUACAAAUUCUGAGCGACUCUUGAAGACAUAGGAUGCUGACAUGCUUGCUGCCGUUGCGCCACGCUGAUAACGAAUAAUAAACCACAGCAGCCGAACCUUUUUAUCAGGCAAUUAUGCUACAACCGUUGGUUCCAAACUUGAAACAGUUUUGACCUCAUUUUACCCCUCUCAAUAAUGCUCACUGAGAAAUGAGAAUCACA